CUCCCACCCACACACACACUCUCACAGUCAGUCUCGUUGUGACAGAUGUGAAGAUAGUCAGACGGCACCAACAGGAUGACUCUGAGAAGACGAUCACACCUCAUGUGAUAAGACAGAAAUGUGGCUGAAACAGUUGACUCUGGUGCUGCUCACAGUGGCAGUCAUGGUGGUCUCAGGUAAACAAUAUGUGAUUCUGGGUGAAGAACAGAGAAAAGUGGACGUUCUUGGUUCCUCUCUGACUCUGGGCUGCCCUUUGAACACUUCGCGUUACGAGAGGUUUCGUCUGCAGUGGUCCUUCAGCCCUUCUGGAUCUUCAGACAACGCUUCAAACAUCUCUAGCAGUAUGGUGAAGAAUGAUAAGUUGCUAGACAUUAGAAAGAACCACACCCUACCAAAUGUUACCCAGAAGAACAGCGGAUGGUACUUUUGUGAAGUCACUGUGGAGAUUCCCUUCAGUAACGUUAUUAAGAGCAAUGGAACACAAAUAGUUAUUGCGAAGAGCUUAAUGGAGGCUACAGUGUACCCGUCACUAGUGACUAGUAAGCAAGCUAACUCAGAAGACCCCCAACCCAUCCACUGGUGGAUGUGGCUCCUGUUGGGGGUAUCGACUUUCAUCCUGAUCGUCCUGCUGUUCAUAACUGUGAUGUUGAGAAGGAGAUGCCGCAGCAGGAGAGCAGAAGAUCAGAUCUAUGCAAACACUCAUCCUGUGGCCCACAAGCAGCCGUCACCUCGGCCUUCUCUGCCUUUGGACAGCCUGAAGACACGCUCGUCCUCUGAUGACUUCUGGACCCCGAGAUCCAACAGGAUAUAUGCCAACGGCAAAUGGAAGCAGAAAAAGUGAGGAGGUCAAGGAGCUCUUAAACUUAAACUGUAUAUUUGUAAAUUGUAUUUAGACUCAUUUCUUUCAAGUAGAACCCAUUCAGUAAAAUAGCUAUAAUAAGCCACAAGGUGGCAGAUGGUGCAUUCUGUAAACUUAAAACUGUUAUUUUUUCUUUUCCUAUAAUACUUGACUAUGUUGCCAGUAAUUUUGUAUUGUAAAUAAGUGCUAUUUUUAGUGUUAGUUAUGUAGUGAUGGGACUAAAAUGCGUUGUGUAAAAGUGUCUGCUUGUUUUUAUAUUAAAGUUUAAGAUGUUAAACAUGUA